AUGGCAAGGCUUCACUCAUCCUCACCCUUCUCUGCCAGAGACAGUCCUAGGGCUCGUCGGACCGACGACAGCCCAUCCAGACAACUGCAAUGGGAAUUGGAACGUGCUUUGAGUCAGAUCCAUUUGCACGAGAUUGAGCGCUCAAAACUUCACGCUUAUCAGAAACGCCAACAGCAGGAAGAGCUUGAUGCCCGGGAAUCAGCACAAGCAGAGGCUCAUCGGAUAGAGCUCAAUGCCGCAAAGGCUCAGCAUGAAGUUGUACGGAAACAGGCUGAGGCUGUUCUUCAGGCUUACAUCAAGCAGGAGGAAGAGGAUCGCCGGAGACGUGAGGAAGAAGAGCGAAGGAGAUUAGAGGAGGAAGAAAGACGGAGGAAGGCGGAGGCAGAGGCGAAGGCCCAAGCCCAGGAGAAGGAACAAGCACGUAGACGGGCCGAAGAGGAGCGAAGAACACGUGAAGAGAAAGAGCGCCGGGAUCGUGAAGAGCGUGCCCGUCAAGAGGCGGAACGUCAAGCAAAGCAGAAGGCUGAAGAAGAGGAACUAAAGCGAAGGGAAAAGGACGCAGCCGAGCAGAAGCAUCGGGAGGAGAAAGCCAAGGCCGAGCAGGAAGCGGCUUUGCGGAGAGAAGAAGCUGAGAAAGCUGCAGCAGCCAAAGUUCCUCCACCACAACCCACUGCCGCCCUUGGUCAAGGCAAAGACAUCAGUCCAGCUCCAGAGGUCGAGGCACAACAUUCCAACUACCUCGUUCUCCACAAGAAGCUGAAAAAGUUCCGGUCAGACUUCUGGGUUGCGGCCAAAAAGGAUCCAGCCUUGAAACCCCAUGUGGGAGAUAUGCGCCGAGCAAUUCGAACCAGCGUUGGCCAGUUGACAGAUGACAAGGUUGGUAACAAAAAGGCACAUGACCGAGUGCGUUCUACAUUGCAACAGGCUCUCAAGGAUCGACCGUCUCCUCCGGUUUCCGUUAGCGAAUAUCUCCCUGCGCACCUCAAUCUGGGCGACAAUGGCACAACAACGAUCCCGUCACUGGCGCUGUACCUGCUCUCCAUCUUCAGCAAGGCUGUUAUUGGCGGCUUUGUGGGUGAGUGUGCCGUCAACCCUAAAGCGGCCGAACCCAUCGGAACCCUGGUUGCUCAGAUAUUCUCGAUGCCUGAGCUUCAAUUCCCCCGAAGUGUCCCAUCCACGGCCGACCCAUCGCAGCCUUCCAAGCCAACAAGUGUCUCCCUCAUCUCCAUACUUAUGAGCAAAUUCCAUGCCACGGCGCCGAUUCUUUUCGGCAUCUCCGGGCGCGAAUCUACUGCCGCGGGCAAACACCGACUCGGCUGGCGUCUUGAUAGAAUCACAGAUGACCCCGACUCGAAGAAAGCCUUUGUGAAUGAAAACAAGCACUACGACCGUCUCACAGGACUCGGUGUGGGAUACGCCUCGAUCGCUCUCCGCAACUUUUCAAAGGCCAAAGUCUCCAACCCCUGGCCGCCGGUGCACUAUUGGGCUAGUCUCGCACACAUUGCCAAUACGCCUCCACAAGAGGUGCAGACCAGCCAUCUGGUAUUGUUGAAAAGCAUGCUAGAGAACAAUGCGAUCGAACGAUUCGUGCUGUUUUUCGGAGCGGCAGGCAUUGCCGCCUUGAGGCAGGCGGCGGUGGAUUUCCCAAGGACACUGCCGAAAGAAGUGCAAGAAAAGCCAGCGACCAAGACGUUGGUAUUGAUGGUUGAGGGUUGGAAGAAGGAGAAGAACUUUUCGCUUGCGUAG